GUCAUACAGUCAUACACCACCAAAUGUAGUUGUCAUGAUGAUAUAUUAUAAUUUACAUGUCGACUUCCCUUUGACCAAUUGACCUAUAAAUAACAUAUAUGUGAAAAAACAUGCGAUAUUAGAUGCAACAACCAGUGUCCAGUGGAGGGGAAGUUGGGUUCAGAGCUUCCUCGUAUUUACAGAUAUUGUGUUACUUUCUAAUGGAAAAAGAACAAUACCUAAAGAUGCCGCUCAAGAGGAUAAUAUUAGCUGUAAUGUUGUAUGUUCCGUUUUGUAUGGCUUCUCUCGGAGUUUCUAAGGUUGGAUUAUGGGGAACUAAAUCUAAUGAAGAUCCCCAAAAUCGUUGGGCUUUCUUACUUGAAAAAGAUCAUAAACUGAGUACUGCGCACAUGGUUGGUGGUUGGAAUGGCGGCGUCACAUUUUCUAAGGUUGUUUUUGAAGAUGAUGAGGAAAUAAUUGGUAUUGAUGGAACACUUGGGGUAUCAAAUGGGGAAUAUGAUGGCUACUAUAUUGAUGCAAUCGGUGUCUACAUCACGACUUCAUCUCACAAAAUUGCACGAGUUGGAAUUUGGGGAACAAAAUCCCCUGGAGGUCCCCAAAACAAGUGGUCUUUUCAACUUGAGAGAAAUCAUCAUCUGAAGAAGAUAACCAUUGAUCAUGGUGAUCUUAUAUACUCCCUUAUGUUCACUACCAAAAUUAAGGGCAUAGAGAAAACUUCUAACAAGGCUGGUGGCUGGAAUGGUGGAGACAUAGUCUCUGAGGUUACAUUUUCUCCCGACGAGGAAAUUAUUGCUAUCAAUGGAACGAUUGGCCUCUCAAGGGGAACGUAUGUUGGCCAUACGAUAAUAUCAUCACUCACAUUCAUCACAACCAAACAAAUCCAUGGACCGUAUGGUAAUGUUAGAGGGACACCUUUCAACGUACCAUGGGAGAAUAAAUCAUUUGCUGGAUUUUAUGGUCUUGCAGGCUAUUAUAUUGAUGGCAUUGGUGUAUAUCUGAAGCCUACGAUCUAUAACUAACCCUCUUAAGCUAAGGGUAUGGUGGAAUAAAAAGCUUUGUGUGUUAUAACAUGUGGGGAUCCUUACACUUACACAUUAUCCUUGACAUACACGAGCCAAUUUAGUUGCCAGUGUAACUUGUGAUAUCUACAAUGUACUUCACCACUUGCACCAUAUUAUUAAUUUUCGUGGUUACAUCAAUCGAUUUUGAACCAUUUUUUUUAUUAGAUUUGUUGUAACAUCUUGAUAUUCAUGUAUUUCCAUUUUUUCCUUGGGUAAGUGAAUUUGAUUCCAAAUUGGUCCCUUGUAGUAUUUUAGAGGAAACAUGUUUCAUCACGUACGCUGGGUGUACUUCUCAUAUGAUGGGCAUAUGUGGCCUGAACCAAACCAUAAUAUUUAGGGUUUGUGCACUAUUUAAGCAACUUUGUAGCAUUGAUACCCUUUCAUUCAUCAACCUCCAUCCCUUAUAUUGACCCUUGCAAACCCUAAUCCAUUUUGAGAGCCUUCUUGAGUCAUUAGUGUGUGUUUUGGUGUUCUUAAAGGAAGAAGAAGGAAAGGAAAGCAUCUUGGAAGCUUGAAGCAUUUUGGAUUAAGAAACAUUGUCAUCAUUUUGCACCAGUUAGAGGUA